AUGAAGUACAUUGAUGCCGGUAGACUACUGGAAAACGGCAGCAAGAAGUCGGAUUAGACUACUUGACCACCAGCUUGAGGAGUCAAAAUGCUCUCAUGCAUCCUACAUCAUAGUCACAUUUGAGAGUAUAGUACAAUCUCGACGAUGUCACGGCCAAAAUCCAAUUUAUAGCGGCAUUCUGCAAGAGCACUGAACCACCUCGAGCUCUAGAUCUCUGCGCCCAAACCGUUUCCGUAACUCCCAAGAUACUUGGAUCAUUGCUUCGAGGCAGCUGAGCUUCGAGUCUGCUCUCUCUUCAUGUCUCUGCAUCCUGACGUACACAUUACGACCUAUAAUGAUGCGAAAUUAGCUGAACUCUAUCCCGAGCACUUGAGCCUUCGUUUAGUGCAGAUCCUUUUCCGGCACGGAGAAAGAACGCCCGUCAGGCAGAGGCUACCAUCAGCUGGUCUGCCGCUACAAUACAGGAUGUGCUUCAAUGCAGAACGUUUUCGAGCAGCGGUCAAGAUGACCAAUGGCUGGAACGAGCUGCCCUAUGCCAGACGAUUAGAAGUCCCUGCAAAUACUAGAUCUGGUUCAGGGCUCAGCACGGCUGCGGCGUUGCCUGGCACUUGUCUGCUGGGCGAAUUGACAGAUCGCGGACGCCAAAGUACGUUCUACCUGGGUGAGCGUCUAAAAGAGCUUUAUGUUGACCGACUGGGUUUCGCCAAAAUCAGUCACGAGUCUGAGCUAUACUUGAGGGCUUCGCCAAUUCCUCGUGCUCUAGAAUCUUUGCAGCACGUCUUCUCCGGGAUGUUUCCGCGUAGCAGUCUUCCGAAGCAGUUUGAACUGAUCAUCCAUCAAAGAGACUGGACUCAAGAGAAUCUUUACCCGAACGAGGGUGCUUGCAAGCGACUCCAGCAAUUGGCGAAAGAAUAUGCAAAGCGGGCUGCACUCACAUGGAAUCCCAUACUGGCCGGCCACGCUUCAGAAUUGCUCUCCGAGAAGUACCUAGACGGGAAACCCUUGCAAGUCGACGGCAAUCCUCGGGUCACUGGGCUGGCUGAUACAAUCAAUGCUGCAAUUGGCAAUGGCUUAGACAUCCCCGCAGAGUUUCGAGACAAAGACAUGCUAAAGCAAGUUGAAGCCGCUGCUGUUGAAGAAUGGUUUGGGGGGUACUUGGCUGACGAGGCCUACAGACGUCUGGGUGCUGGCCGGUUGCUCGGAGACUUUCGAGAUAGAAUGGUCAUGUGUGCCGGCAGGGAGAGUUCUCUCAAAGUGGCCCUCUAUGGAGCGCAUGACACGACUAUUGGGGCAGUCCUGGCUUCGCUCGGCGUCUUUGACCGAAGAUGGCCGCCAUUCUCAAGUCAUAUUGCUAUCGAGCUUUUCGAGGAUGCCAGAGCCUCAUCUGAUUCCAUCACAGGUGAGAGUCAUCUCGUGAGAUUGCGUUACAACGAUAAGGUAUUGCAUAUUCCUGGCUGCACGGAGGCGGUGCACGGCUUUUGUACAUUGAAGGAGUUCAACAAGGUCAUAGAUGAGCUGGUCCCAGAAGACUGGGAGGCGGAGUGUCGUGCAAAGCCUGAUCUUUCAGCAUGAUCACGUACAUUAUCUAUGUAGAAGGUAAAGAUCGCAUUGAAACAGU